AUGACGACAAAUGUGGUUAUUCUAAAGGCUGCGCUUGCAGCUUGCCUUCUACGUCCAGAUCCUACUUCUGUUCCUCGCGAUGAGAUAAGCGCGUUUCACACCUCGCUCGAGCGCGCGCUGUCGCACUGCUCCCAAGCCAACAUUCAGACCUGUAAAUCCUGGUUGCUUCGCUUUGUUGCAUUUUCAUCUAAUCGGGUAAGGGGUCUGGUCAAUUACCUGGAAGCUCUCGCGGCGUCCUUUUCCCCAUCCCAGCCCACUGGAUCCAAAAUAUCACCAAAGCGCCAACGCCUCCACAUCCUUUACUUGAUCAAUGAUCUGUUACACCAUUGCAAGUACCACAUAGAUACCCCGACAACCUUCUCCACAGUGACCGGGUCCCUGCAGCUGCAUCUCGUGCACUUGGUCGGCCACGCAGCAAACUGUGAUCGCCAAAGGAACCCACGGCACCAUCGACGGCUAGACGAUCUCAUAGAUAUCUGGUCUGAGCACGAAUACUUCCAUCCCGAGUUGGUCAACAAGCUUCGACAAGUCGUGACCAUGGGGGUCCCCAUGGAUUUCAACAAUACGACCAACGAGCUAAACUCGGCCAAAAAGUCCGGCAAGAGUGUGCCUUUCAUCAUGCCACCUACACAUGGAGAUCCAUCGACCAUGUGGCAGGAUGUUCGUGCAGGCAACAUUUAUCCUCACCUUAUGCCCGACUCGACUAGUCCAAUUCGAGCUGGUACCAUAAAACCGAUACAAUUACUAGCAGGUCCUGCCGACGCAAAGUUAGUGGAAUCCCUCAAAGCCUUUCUCCAUGAUGUGAACAAGAUCUUCGACCCGGAAGUCCCUGGGGAUGAUAAACAUACCGACAUCGAUCCGCUGGGCCAGGAAGUGAUCCGGGGUGAGAACACAGGCGACAUCCUCGACGGCGAACACUAUGAUGGAUGGUCCCUUGAAUUCUGUCAACCCGCCGAUACAGACACCGAGAGCUGCCACGACCGAAGUCGCAGUAGUAGUAUAUCACGAGCUAAUAACAAGCGCCAACGCUACAGCGACAGCUCCAUCAGUCAGUCCGAGUCACGAUCUCCAAGUGAAUCACGAGCAUACGGACCUGGCUUCCAUCGUCGGAAUGACACGCGAGCAAGAAACCGUUCUCCGCAGCGCUCACGCAGCCGGGAAAGCUCAUACACACCUCAUGAACCAUCCACUACACACUUCCCGCCCCCUCACCAAUCUCAGCACCCCCCCGCACCCUACAACUCCUUCCCCACUACCCAUCCUUUCAAUGGACAGUAUGCCCAUCCUCCCAUGGGUCCCAGCAAUGGCUAUGCCCAAGUACCUGCACCGAACUACGGUUCUUGGCCUCCGCCUCCCCCGUAUAUGCCAACAAUGCCCUUUCCCGCACCUGGACCCGGAUCCUCCUCAGCCUUCCCUCCUCCAUACAACCAUCAUCCUUCUAUGCCUCAGGGACAGCGACAGGGGUACGGGAUGCCGCAGGGUCAACAUCACUUCCCUCCUCCUUAUUCCGGGGGUCGGGGUGGUGCGUCGCGGGACCCUCCUCCCCAGGGCGGGCGCGGGUGGUAA